AGAGGAAGAGGAGGAAGAGCAGGGGGAAGAGGAGGGCCAGAGGAAGAGCAGGAGCAGCCCCGAGCCCACGCGGUUGCCCCGCUGCGGCCGCGGCUCGCCCGCAUCCGCCGGCAUCGCCCCCCCGGCAGCCGCAGAGCAGGAGCCGAGCAUGGAGAGCAGGGAGGACAAAUCCCCGCGGCCGAAGCCGGCGGCAGAGGCCGUGGGGAGCGGCUGCGCGGCGCGGGAAGGCGGCGGGGAGGAAAAGCCCCGGAGAUGCCUCAGCAGGAGGGGCUGCAAAGGCAGAGCGCGGGGAGGCGAGGGGGAAAGAGCCGGGCCGGGCCGGGGAGGCGGCCGGAGCUCGGAGCUGGGGGUGCCUGAGCAGCCCCAGGGUGGGGAGAAGCCCCACACGUGCUCGCAGUGCGGGAAGAGCUUCAGGUGGAGAUCCUCCCUGAUCCGCCACUGCAGGAUCCACACGGGAGAACGUCCCUACGAGUGCGGGGAGUGCGGGAAGAGCUUCAACACCAGCUCGUACCUGGUUGUCCACCAGCGCGUCCACAGCGGGGAGAGACCCUACGAGUGCGGGCUGUGUGGGAAGAGCUUCAUGCUGAGCUCUCACCUCAUUGUCCACCAGAGGAAUCACACCGGGGAGAGGCCCUACGAGUGCGACAAAUGCAAGAAGAGGUUUCAGACCAGCUCCACUCUGCUCAGUCACCAGCGCAUCCACACCGAGGAGAGGCCCUUCCGCUGCCCCGACUGCGGGAAGGGGUUCAGGGAGAAAUCCACCCUGGUCACCCACCGGCGCACCCACACCGGGGAGAGGCCCUACGUGUGCGGGCUGUGCGGGAAGAGCUUCAACACCAGCUCCUACCUGAUGGUGCACCAGAGGAUGCACAGCGGGGAGAGACCCUACGAGUGCGGGCAGUGCGGGAAGAGCUUCACCCGCAGCUCGCAGCUGAUCGUGCACUACCGGAGCCACACCGGGGAGCGGCCCUACGAGUGUCCCCAGUGUGGGAAGGGCUUCACCUGUAGCUCCAACCUGAUCGUCCACCAGAGGAGCCACACGGAGGAGAGGCCCUACGAGUGUGAUCAGUGCAAGGAGAGGUUUCAGAGCAUCGGGGAUCUCGUCGUGCACCAGCGUUCUCACACGGAGGAGAAACCCUUCCGCUGUCCUGACUGCGGGCAGGGCUUUGAGCACAACUCCAGCCUCAACGAGCAUCAGUGCACCCACGCUGGGGAGAGCCCCUGCGAGUGUGGGGAGUGUGGGAAGAGCUCGAGUGAGGGCUCCAGCCUGGUUGUCCACCAGAGGAACCACAUUGGGGAGAGGCCCUACGAGUGCGAUCAGUGCCAGAAGAGGUUUUACACCAGCUCCGCUCUGCUCAGCCACCAGCGCACUCACACCGAGGAGAGGCCCUUCGUGUGCCCCGAGUGCGGGCAGGGCUUCAGGCACAACUCGGCGCUCGUCAUCCACCAGCGCAUCCACACCGGGGAGAGGCCCUACGAGUGCGAGCAGUGCUGGAAGAGUUUCCACUCCACGUCCGAUCUCCUCCUGCACCAGCGCAUCCACACGGACGAGAGGCCCUUCCGCUGCCCCGAUUGCGGGGUGGGCUUCAAGCACAACUCCAGCCUCGUCAAGCACCGGCGCAUCCACACCGGGGAGAAGCCCUACGAGUGCUGGCAGUGCGGGAAGAGCUUCAGCACGACCUUCAGCCUGAUUGUCCACCACAGGAUCCACACGGGAGAGCGGCCCUACGAGUGUGGGCAGUGCGGGAAGAGCUUCAGCCAGAGCUCCGGGCUGAUCGCCCACCAGAGGAUCCACACCGGGGAGCGGCCCUACCAGUGCGGGCAGUGUGGGAAGAGCUUCACGCAGAGCUGUAACUUGACCAAGCACCAGCGCAUCCACACGGACGAGAGGCCCUUCCGCUGCCCCGAUUGUGGAAUGGGCUUCAAGCACAACUCCAGCCUCGUCAAGCACCGGCGCAUCCACACCGGGGAGAAGCCCUACGAGUGCUGGCAGUGCGGCAAGAGCUUCAGCACGACCUUCAGCCUGAUUGUGCACCACAGGAUCCACACGGGAGAGCGGCCCUACGAGUGUGGGCAGUGCGGGAAGAGCUUCAGCCAGAGCUCCGGGCUGAUCGCCCACCAGAGGAUCCACACCGGGGAGCGGCCCUACCAGUGCGGGCAGUGUGGGAAGAGCUUCACGCAGAAUGGGAAGAUCCUCCUGCACCAGCGCAUCCACACGGACGAGAGGCCCUUCCGCUGCCCCGAUUGCGGGGUGGGCUUCAAGCACAACUCCAGCCUCGUCAAGCACCGGCGCAUCCACACCGGGGAGAAGCCCUACGAGUGCUGGCAGUGCGGGAAGAGCUUCAGCACGACCUUCAGCCUGAUUGUGCACCACAGGAUCCACACGGGAGAGCGGCCCUACGAGUGUGGGCAGUGCGGGAAGAGCUUCAGCCAGAGCUCCGGGCUGAUCGCCCACCAGAGGAUCCACACCGGGGAGCGGCCCUACCAGUGUGGGCAGUGUGGGAAGAGCUUCACGCAGAGCUGCAACUUGACCAAACACCAGUGCAGCCAGCACUGCGGGCCGCCCAGAACGCAGGAAGAGCUCCGUGCGCUGAUCCAGCUGCCUCCCAUGUGGGAGAAUCCACGCUGGAUGAUCCCCAGGGAGCCCCGGUGAUCCCUGGUGCUGCUGAUCACUCUUGGGAAGACCCCUGCCUGGGGGCUCCACGUGGCUCCCCGUGGCCUAGAUUUUGUCUUAAUUUCUCUUUGCUCUUUCCAAACACCCAAAUCUGGCGUUGAAAAUAAAGAUGUUGAAUAAGACAA